UGUGCAUCUGGAUUCUGGCCGCUAGGCUAGCGCGACAGUGGACACUGGAGAGCAUUUUACCACUCGCCAUUUUACCAGUGCUUGCACAAGUUGCAGAGGGGACAGAGGAGACAUAAUCUCAUAAAAACUUCUGGUAGGAUGCUUCUGUGCUUCAUCUUGAAGUUCCAUCAUGUGGCACUGGCAAUGCGCCCUAGUUUGUCAAUCCAGUUGAAAUCAUCACUGUGGGGAGGAGCAAUUUCAUGGGGGUAUCAUGGUACCCAUUUCGGGGUCCCAGCUUUGCGCGGAUCGGACUUUUCUGUGCAAUAAUUGGGUCCUGAUUCUGCAGGCACAGGGCUGUGUGAUUGUGGUCUUGUUGGCUAUCGGUUGGCUCUAUGCUGCUCAGUGUCGUCUGCAGGAGCUGGAGCGGAUUCGCAAGAGCGAAAGAAAGGGGAACACACUUGCGUUUCUGAGCCAUGAUGGAGGUGGUCUCUCCUACAAAGCUCAGUCCGGGUUGCCCAGUGUCUCAGUAAUCCUACCUGUGAAAGGCAUUGGGGAGCACAGCGUUAGCAACUGGGAGACGCAGCUUGCGACUCUCUAUGGAGGAGAGAUUGAGUACCUGUUUAUUGUAGAGGAUGGUGCGGAUCCUGCUUGUGAAGCAAUCACCAGCCUGAUAGAAGAGCUUGCGGAUGACGUGACAGCUCAUUUGGUGAUUGCGGGAUGGGCAACCACUUGCAGCCAGAAGAUCCACAACCAGCUGGCGGGUGUGGCAGCCAUGUCCAAGUCGUCCAAGUACGUGCUGUUCCUGGACGACGACAUCCAAGUACAUCCAGGCACAGUCGGCCAGCUGGUGGCGUGCAUGGAGAAGGAGCCAGAGGUAUUCAUGGUGACGGGGUAUCCCUUCGACAUUCCAGACGGCUCCAUGAUCAACUACUGUUUCAUGGAGUACCAUCUACCUCUCUUCAUCGGGUUUUCCACUGGCGGCCAAACGGCAUUCGUUUGGGGCGGCUGCAUGAUGAUGCACGCAGACGAUUGGCGGACUGAUCGAUACGGGAUGGCAACAGCGUGGAAGAACGGCGGAUAUUCGGACGAUCUUAUACUGGCCUCGAUAGCAGGAGACAAUGGACGGAAAGUCAUCUGCCCACCAAUGGCGGUCUUCUUAUACCCCCUGUCUGGCAAAUGCACCGUAGGGAGGUACUGGAACUACUUGCGGCGCCAAAUUUUCGUGCUCGAGACCUACUGUUCCCUGCACAACCAGAUCGUGAACCGGGCGCUCUUCCUGGCCCACUGCUACCUCUCGUGGGGCCUUGUCCUGCCCCUCGUGCCCACCGCCGUCCACCUUGCAUUGUCCCUCACAAGCCUGACGGCCCGUGGGCUGCGGCUGUUGGUUCCCGGAGACGAGCACCCCGGAGCGCCGGGCGUUGUCGAUGGCACCAGCUGUACCACAGGGUGCGCCCUGGCCUGGGCUCUCGUGGGGUGCUUCUACCUGGCGUACCUGGCCCUCAAGCACAUGGCGCAAGCGGUCAUCGACCUUUGCAACGCCCUCGCGCCGGAGCAACCGCCCGUCUCGCUGGACAGCAUCCGCUGGCCCAUGGUGCUGGCGGGCAUGGUGGUGGGCGAGUUCAUGUACCCGCUCUGCGCGGUCUGGACGUUCGUGCACGCCCAGGUCGAGUGGUCCGGCGUGGUGUACACGCGCAGCAACGGCAAGAUUUGCAAGGUGGAGCGUCCCCCUGGCAACUCGCUUCAUAGAAAAGAUUCUUCGCCGUCUUGGGAGUCUACAAAGCGGUACGGCACCUGGAUAGCCAGUCUGUUGCGAAUAUACCUGUUGAGAAGAAGGAACUGUGCGAAACUGGAAGCUUAAGCGUUACAUGGCGGAUUAGAACAUCCUUGAAAAUGGCGCUGCUGGAAUUGUUGAAUCUAUGGAGGACACGGCACAUGACACGGCACAUCACUCUGCUCGGAUGACCACAAAUGAAGAAACUUCUGCAACAUUCUAAAUGGAUCUAACGAGACCAGAUGGAUUCACAUGAGUAACGACGCUCUUGGCAGCAGCCUGU